AUGGGGGUCCAACGAAAGAUCAUUACCCGCGGUAAGGGCGUCGCACCUGUCGAAGGCGACAAGGUCUCGAUCCACUACACCGGCUGGCUCUACGAUGCCAAGAAGGCGAGCAAGGGCUUCCAGGGCAAACAGUUCGACAGCUCCAGAACCCCUGGCCGUGGCCCUCUGGAAGUUCUGAUUGGUACUGGACAAGUCAUCAAGGGCUGGGAUGAAGGUGUCAUGGAGAUGUCUCUGGGUGAGAAGGCUACCUUGACUAUUACCCCCGACUACGCAUACGGAGACAAGGCAAUGGGCAAAAUUCCCGCCGGCUCAACUUUGAUCUUCGAGGUCGAGCUUCUGAAGGUCAACGACAAGGCUGCUGCUUAA